UGACGCCAGUUGGUGAAAGCCUUCGGGAAGCCAAUUGGCCGAUGUGUCUUCUCUCGAUGAAAGCGAAAGUAAACGUGGGGACAUGGAAUGUCCGCACGAUGUUUGAACCCAGUAAGGCAGCCACGAUUGCAAAGGAGAUGAGAAGGUAUAACAUCGAAGUGCUUGGGAUCUGCGAAAGCAGAUGGAAUGGGAGUGGACUCUCCAAACUGUCAACUGGAGAAUCAAUAAUCUACUCCGGUCACCCAGACGCCAACCACGAGCACACUGAGUAUUGGAGUGGCUAUCAUGAUGUCCUCAAGAGCAUCGAAGGCUCUCAUGCAGUGGGAACCAAUCUCCUCCAGGAUCAUGACAGCAAGAUUCAACUCAAAAGGAAGAAAGGUCACAAUCAUACAAUGUUAUGCACCUACAAAUAAUGCAGAGCAAGAGAAAAAGGAGGAUUUCUACAGACAACUUCAAUCAACACUGGACAAGACGUCAGUUGGCGAUAUCAAAAUUCUGAUGGGCGACAUGAAUGCCAAACUGGGAGCUGAAAACACAGCAAGGAAACUAACCAUGGGUCGACAAGCACUUGGUUUAGGAAGGAAGAAGAAAGAAGAUAAAGAAUGGAUCUCGACAGACACAUAGAAGCUGAUAGAGCAAGGAGAGGAAGAUGGUGAAACAAAAGAUAAACCAGUGCAAGGAUGCU